GAAAGUGAAUCGUCGAAUCCCCCAACUUGGAAUGACGAAUGCGGGCCCAGUUUAUCAAAGACCCCCAAUGUGUAUCCGAGGUAUAAGAGGCCAUUGACGUCAAACGACGAGAUAUUGCGUCUUGAGAUUCUUCUUUGACUGUUGAUACUCACUCAACAAAUAUAUAAACUCAAUUAUACAACUGCAUAACGCUCAAUUGGUAAAGCUAUCAUCAUGACAAAGGUUCUCCUCACUGGUGGCUCAGGCUUCAUUGCCGCUCACACUCUGGAACAACUCCUUGAAAAGGACUACGCCGUCGUGACAACCGUCCGCUCAGAGGAUAAAGCCCAAAAGAUCCGUAAUGCAUUCCCAGAUAAAGCCGAGGCUGGAAAGCUAGAGAUCGUUCUUGUGCCAGACAUUGCUAAGCCUGAUGCUUUUGAUGAAGUAGCAAAGACGCCUGGUCUUGACGCUGUUAUUCAUGUUGCUAGUCCUUUCCACUACAACAUCACCGACCCUAAGAAGGAUCUUAUAGACCCAGCCGUCAUCGGUACAACAGGCAUUCUCAAAGCCCUCCACGCCACGGCACCAGGCGUGAAGCGAGUCGUCAUAACCUCAUCCUUCGCCUCUAUUCUCGACGAAGCACACUUCACAGACGGUUCUCACGUCUUCUCAGAAAAGACCUGGAACCCCGUCACAAUCGACGACAUUAGCAGCUCAUUCAUGACUGCCUACCGCGCCUCAAAGACUCUCGCUGAGCGUGCAGCUUGGGACUUUGUCGCUGAAAAGAAGCCCUCUUUCGAUAUCGUGACUGUUUGUCCGCCUCUGGUUCUGGGACCUGUAUCAAAGCAUCUUGCUACACUUGAGAGCAUCAACACUUCCAAUGAGAGGAUCGUUAAGCUUUUGAGGGGGGGUUGGAAAGACGAGAUUCCUCCUUGUACACCUGUUCCGUUAUGGAUUGACGUUCGAGAUGCUGCUCGUGCUCACGUCAGAGGUCUCGAGGAACCUAACGCUGGUGGAAAGCGACUCUUUGCUACAGCUGGAUGGUUCUCACACCGUGAGAUUGUCGACGCUGUUGCUAAGAACUUUCCGGAGUUUAAGGAUAGACUCCCUGGGCCAGAAGUCAAGGGCGGAGAGCUUCCUCCUAAGGAUCAGAUCUUUAAGAUUGAUACGCAGGAGACGGAGAAGUUGCUCAAGAUUGACUGGAUCAGCAUUGAGCAGAGUGUGACGGAUCUUGUUAAGUCACUGAAGGAAAUUGGUAUUUAGAGGAUGGGAUACGUAAGUAAGUAUGCUACAUAGAAGAAAUAAAGUAAAGUACUGUAGUGAAAGUGCCUGUUAGGGAUAAAUUUACAUGUUGUGGAUCGUGUGA